AUGAGCGCUUCCUGUGUGUCCCUUCUACAAACCAUUGUUCAGACCGCCUUUCCCCGAAAUUGUGGCCUCUUCUCCGCCUUCGGCUACGGCUCAGUUGCCAUUCCGCAGCACGGUCGUAGCACUGCCAACUCCCAACUAGACCUUGUCCUCAUUGUUGAGGACCCGCUCUCCUGGCAUUUAGAAAACUGUGCAAAGAACCCACACCACUACAGUAGGAUUUCACAGCGCUUUAAUCAGAAGCUCCUGAAGCUUGCCGUGUCCAAGUGGCCCAACCCAGCCGUGUACUACAAUCCCCUCGUCAAAUGGACUGACCCCAGUAAUAGCUUUCCGCCUCAACUAAUUAAGUACGGUGUUGUUGGGCUUUCCCGCCUGCUCCAGGACCUCAACUCCUGGUCCGAUCUAUACAUUGCAGGACGCCUACACAAACCCGUCAUCUGGAUUCCAGUCAAACCGCUGCCUAAACAUGACAGUUCUGCCUUCUCUGUGGCCCUUUCACACAAUCUCACCAGCGCUCUGGCCUUUGUUCUGCUGCAGCACGACUUUGACCAUUCGGGUCCUUUAUCUGAGACCGAGCUCUAUCGUAGUCUAGCCAGCAUCUCUUAUCGUGGUGACUGGCGCCUUUACUUUGGUGAGGAUCGAAGAAAGAUAGAACGCCUCAUAACUGGCGUGUCACGGCGACAAGCCUUUCGCAGCCUCUACCUGCCCUACCUCCACGCGGAUCCCUUCAGUGAAUUAUUUGAUGUUGUCGUUCCAUCUAAUCUAACCACGGACUUCAUUGUCAGGCCGCGCUUUACAGACAGCCGUGAAUACAUUCCCUGCCUUCUUACCUACCUGCCAAACGAAUUCUGCCUCUCGUCCUCCGCUGGUGUUGGCCCACCUGCUGACGCGGCGGCAGCGCGCUAUCACCUUCGGAGUCUGCCUUUUGAACAGCGCUCAGCCUUGCUGUCAGCCACCGCAGCCUCUGUGGUCCGAUGGGCUAGCUAUCGACAGACCCUUUUGGGGGUCUUUUCUGCUGGCAUCUUUCGGUCCGUCACAUACUCCCUGGAGAAGUUCAAGAAGAUGUUAUCUAGUCUACACCACUAA